UAUUUUUGGAUGUUAUGAGAUUUCUGAAAGAUAAAUAAAGAAAAAAUAUAAUCUUAUCAAUCAAUAAUGAUGUCAUCAUUUUAGAGAAAUCGAUACAAACAAUACAGGUCCUUUUCAGAUGUGAAAUUUGGAAAAGGUAUCACUUACGAUAUGAUGUUUCGAUAUUUAUUGAUAGUUUCUUUUACAUCGAUUGUGUCAUCAGAAAGUUCAUCUGUAGUAAUCAACACUUGGAAUUUUUCUAAUGCAACAAGAAAAGCUUGGGAAGUAUUAUUAAAAGGUGGUUCAUCAAUAGAUGCUUUAACUACUGGCUGUACUGUAUGUGAAGUGAAUCAAUGUGAUUUUACAGUGGGAUUUGGUGGUAGCCCUGAUGAAAACGGGGAAACUACCUUGGACGCCAUGAUAUUUGAUGGAACUAAAAUAAAUAUGGGUGCAGUUGGUGCACUAAGAAGAAUUAAAAACGCAAUAGGUGUAGCAAGGGAUGUGUUGGAAUAUUCAGAACACUCGAUUCUAGUGGGGGAACUGGCCACUCAAUUUGCCAAAGAAUUAGGGUACAAGGAGGAAUCGCUAACGACAAAACAUUCUAAAGACAUGUAUGAUGGGUGGAAAGGAUCAUCCUGUCAACCAAACUUCUGGAAGGACGUUAUCCCUGAUCCAAAGCAUAACUGUGGUCCUUAUGAAAGAUUAUCUAUUAAUGAUAUUAAUUACAACAGGUGGUCACCAAUGGGCAUUGAAAAUCAUGAUACUAUAGGCAUGGUUGUAAUGGAUGAAAGUGGUAAUAUAGCUGCAGGUACUUCAUCCAAUGGUGCAAAAUUCAAAAUUCCUGGGAGGGUAGGGGAUGCACCUUUACCUGGUGCUGGAGCCUAUGCAGAUAGUGAGAUUGGAGGUGCUGCCGCUACAGGGGAUGGGGACAUAAUGAUGAGAUUUCUUCCAAGUUUUUUAGCGGUCGAAGAAAUGAAGAGAGGAUCAUCACCUAGUCAAGCAGCUGAAGAAGCAAUUUCAAGAAUUUUAAAGAAAUUUCCAACGUUUUUUGGAGCUGUUAUAGCGCUAAAUAAAAAAGGUGAACACGGAGCGGCUUGCAACGGAAUGGAUGUAUUUCCUUAUUGUAUAGCAGAUAUAAAUAAUAAAAAUGUUAUUCUGAAAUACGUAAAAUGUCACAAAGAAAAAUGAAGUAAUCAUUUGUGUCUUCUUGAAAAUUAUUACUUAAAAAAAUACAAAUAAAACACCAUGUCGUUCUGGAAAAAAAGUAUCAGUUUAGAUAUGAAAUUAGUCUAAAAACAACCUUUAUGUAAAUUUUAAAUAUUGUCCUAUUAUUAUUUAUAUAUUAUUAAAAUAGAUUUUUUU